AGUGGACACAUCACUUUAUUGUGCGUCUAUCACCAUGGUUGACACGCGUACAGGAACGAGCACCUCCCCUUACACAGUAGAACAAGAGGCGAAAGCCGCCGCCAUCCUGAAAGAGAGAAGAGAGAAGGAGGCCAAAAAGAAGGCCUUGCUGGAAGAACAGGCGGCGGAGAAGAAUCAGAUUGAGGAAGAGAUGGUGAGAGAAAUGGAGAGGUUGCAAAAGGAGGAGGAAGAAAAACUCCGAGUGGUAGAGGCAGAAGAAGAGGUAGAAGAACAGCCACUGGAGAGGAGAAGGACAAGAGAAAGAGCAGAACCCAGUGAAGAGGAGGCGGCAUUGAUGUAUGUAACCAGGGAAGAGCAGGAGACGGCCAUGAAAGAGUGGGAUGGAGAGGAAGAUCCACUCAAGCGGCAGACAAUCGAAGAUGAGAAGAGGAUGGAGUGGAAGCUGUGGCUGAUAAGGGAAAGAAAAAAAAGAGUGGACGCAGUAAGCCAGGCGGCAAGGGAAUUGGAAGAAGUAAAGAAACAGGGAGAGCAAAUGGCGGCGCAGGCGGACCUGUUGGGGAAGAUGCAGGUCAUGGCGAGGAACAUAGCGCGCCUGGCCCAGGUCGAGGAAGAGCAAUAUCAGUUUGGUAGGAGUCAGGACUUAGCCCUGCGAUCUGUACGACUGGGAUUCAGGGGCUUUGCACGUGAGUUAGUGAUGCAGGUGGUCUCAGAGGUGAAGGCCCGCCUAGAGAACACGGAGCGUUAUUGCACGGGCACCAUAAAGAGCGCCAGGCUGGCUGCACCCAAGGAAGAAGAAGCACGUCCUCGUAGGGAGUCUGUCAAAGUGAAAUUUCCCGACUCCUAUAGUGGAAAGAAGGAGGAGAACUUUGACAAUUGCGAAGUGAAUAUUAAGACGUAUGUGCACUUACAGAAAGUCGCCCCACAUGAACACGUCAUGAUAGCUAUCCAUGCUCUUAGGGAGGAAGCAGCAAGCUUCGCCCGUUCCCUCUGUCGCGCCGCUAAUUGCAACGAUGACUUAGUUGCAUAUUCGACAUUUACUCCUCUCUGCGAUUUCCUUAAGUUAUUGAGAGAAUGGUUUGCAGACGUUACUCCUAGUGUCAAAGCUUCAGAUAAACUGCAAACCAUCCAUUCUCGCCAGUGGAGGAGUGCCAGGGCACUCAAAGAUGUGAUGGACGAGUUGAUCACCGUUCCUGGCCAUGGGGUCACUGAGACCCAAUUGCCUAAAGAGGAAAAGCCCAUAGAUCCCGCUAUUGCCAAGCUGCUGGAAGAGUACACAGAUUUAGCUAAGCCGCCAACAGAGGUAGUCCCGCGGCCCAUCCAGCAUCGCAUUGAGAAAGAGUCCGGCAGUAGGACUCCUAAAGGGCCAGUGUGUCGGAUGUCCCCACAGGAGCUGGAGGAGUUGCGCAAGCAGUUAGAUGAACUCUUAGAGAAGGGUUGGAUUAGGCCCAGUUCGUCUCCAUUUGGAGCACCUGUUCUAUUUGUCCCCAAGAAGGAGGGAGAGCUUAGAAUGUGCACUGACUAUAGGGGUCUUAAUGCUAUUACAGUGAAGGAUGCGGAGCCACUGCCCCGUAUAAAUGAUCUUUUAGAUUGUGUGCAGGGUUGCAAGUACUUCACGAAGAUAGAUUUGAAGUCCAGAUAUCAUCAGAUAGAGGUUCACCAUGAUGAUCAAAAUAAGAUUGCAUUCCGGACUGGGUAUGGGCACUACGAGUUCAUAGUUAUGCCCUUUGGACUAACCAACACGCCAGCAACUUUUCAGCAUUCUAUGAAUGACGUAUUUAGGUCGUGGUUAGAUAGGUUUGUAGUAGUCUACUUAGAUGAUAUUCUAGUGUUCAGUAGGACCCUCCAGGAGCAUGAGGGUCAUCUGAGGCAGGUCUUGGAGAAGUUGAGAGAGGCCAACUUCAAGAUCAAUGCAAAGAAGUGCGAAUGGGCAAAGACCCAAGUUUUGUAUCUAGCCCAUGUCCUAGAUGGAGACGACAUUAAACCAGAAGAUAACAAGAUCGCAGCGAUUAGAGAUUGGCCUACACCCCGCACGUUGACAGAGUUGCGGUCGUUCUUAGGCCUAGCUAACUAUUAUAGGAAGUUUGUGAAAAACUUCUCCACCAUCGUUGCACCACUUCGCAGGUUACUGAAGAAAGAAACAAUCUGGAAGUGGGACAAGGACUGCACUUUUGCCAUGAAGAAAUUGAAGCAGGCAUUGAUAGAGUACCCAGUCCUUAAGGUAGUCGAUCCGUCCUUACCUUUCGUCGUCAUUAUUGACGCGAGCCAGUAUGGUAUAGGUGUUGUAUUACAGCAAGACGAUGGCAGUGGAUAUAGACCCAUAAAGUUCAUGUCUGCUAGGAUGCCUUCGGAGAAGGUAGCGACAUCCACCUACGAAAGGGAACUCUACGCUCUUAGGCAAGCGUUAGAACACUGGAAGCACUACUUGCUUGGGAGGCACUUCAAAGUCUAUUCAGACCACGAGACAUUAAGAUGGCGGAAGACUCAGGCCAAGAUGACACAUAAGCUUACUAGGUGGGCCGCAGAGUUACACCAGUAUGAUUUUGAGCUCAAGCCAGUAAAAGGGAAGUAAAAUGUAGUUGUGGAUGCUCUGAGUAGGAGAGCUGACCACUUUGGAGCGAUAGUUCAUUAUCUGGAUAUAGGGAGAGACCUGCAACAGAAAGUUAGAGAAGCGUAUUCACAUGACCCUAUCUAUAGUGACCUCCUCAAGAGAGUAAAGGAGGCACCAGAGUCCGAACCAGACUACCGCACUACUGAUGGGCUGCUAUUUGAGAAGACUAACGUAGUUGACCGAUUAUGCGUUCCUAACAGUGAGGAGAUUCGUAGUCUGAUUCUAGGGGAAUGCCACAACACCGAGGGACAUUUUGGUUGGAAAAAGACUCUAGCCAACCUCAUGCGCGCGUACAUAUGGCCUGGGAUGAAGGCCGACUGCAUAGAGUAUGUUCCCAGUUGUAAGGUAUGCCAGAGAAACAAAACCUCUACACGUGC